UGUGAAAAAGAUUGAAAUGAAAACGAAACGAACCCUGUGAAUGAAUCCUUCCUGUUGUAGUUUGUGUUGUGAAUUUUUAUUUGUUUUGUGAUCAAGAUAAUAUAAAAAAGAUACUUAUUUACAUUAUAUUGAUAUUAUCAAUUGAAAAACCGAUUCAAUAAUUGUAUUUACUUAACACCGAACGAAUUCAUGUGUGAGAAGCUGUUCCAUAGCAAGAAUGUAAUACGUGCCGCGUGCUGCUGAUUUUUGUAUAAUUUGUUUAUAAAAGUUGGAAUUGGUGCCCCAGGACGGUUAAACUUAAAACAAUAAAUAAAACAGUUGACAUUCUAAAAGCAUUUUAUUUAAAUUAAAAGUUGAAAAAUGGAUGAAGUUUUAGAAAAACUGGAAGCAACGUUUGUUGGCGCUGAUUCGGCUGAUAAAUCAAACUUUCAUGAUCUGUAUAAAAAUUGGGGAAGACUUGGAAACCAAGAGGAAAGGCGUAAGGAGCUUCUUGAAAUCCAAAAGCAUGAUCGUCAGAAUAAGCUCGACAAAUUUAGGGGGAUUCUGGACAUUGUACAGCAUAAUGAGGAAGACAUUUUUAAGUCCCAUACAAGAGUAUAUUACACCCCUAACAUAUAUGUAGCGGGAUUUAACCGGAAAUACACAUACAAUGAUGUGUUGAUGCUGUCCGAGUGGAUUGUAGAGAAACCAGAAGACUUUAAUGAGAAUUGGUACAUAACACCUUGUCCAAAAGGAAAACGUGUCCUUGUGGUCGCAAAUAAUGGUAUAACAAAAUUAUUCACCAAGUGUGGAAGAUUUGUUACUGAAUUUCGAACAGGUUUGCCCGGUGGUAACCCAUCAGGCAAACGGAGGUGCUGCAGUGUCAUAGAUUGCUUUUAUGAUGAAAAGAAUCACACUUUACAUGUGUUGGAUCUCCUUGCAUGGAAUAAUCAACCUAUGACUGAUUGUGAAACAGAAUUCCGACAUUUUUGGCUAACAUCACAGUUUUCUGAAAUGCGUCAACUUCAUGUGCAAACUAAACUAAAUAAAGUUAAAUUUAACUUGUUACCAAUGGAGCCCUGCACGCCAGAAAGUUUAAAUGCAUUCAUGAUGACAUGUCCGCAUUUCAAAGACAAUACUGCUGAAUUGGAUGGGAUCUUGUUUUAUCACAAAAAGGCGCAUUACGUAUCGGGAGAGACGCCAUUAGUGGGCUGGCUGUUUCCUUUCAUGGUACCUGAAAUUUUAGGAUCAGAUAUUACAGUACAUCCUAUUUAUAUGUCUGAGAAACCAAAAGACUAUGUGGAUCAGGCGACUUUUAUAAAGAAGUUUGAAGAAAAAUAUUCGAAAAGGAGAAACAGGCGCUCCAGAGACGAGAUGAACACAUCAACUUCUAGUCUUAAUUCUAGCAAGUCAGACAAAAACAAGAAGAAAGAUGCAGAUGCAAUGGAUGCUGAGGAGGUUGUGAAAGAGCAAACUGAGACUAUGGAUUCAGAAUCAGUAGCGCAAGAAGCUAUGGAAAAGAAUGAACCAAAGAAUGGCGUAUCAAUUGCAGACAUAGUUGAUUCUAAGUACAGUAUGGACGCCGAAGUGACGCCAAAAUAAAUUGACUUUAGUAAAUUGAAGAAAGUUCACGGAAGUGGUUGUAAAGGGUUCACUUAGAAUAAUGCAAUCGGAAUAAUUACUCUUAUAUUAUUCAAAUUUCUAUGAGGUUGCCCGAGUUGGUAUAGUAUUGAUGGCAUAACAGUGCUAUCCCGUUCGUUUUGCGAAAUUCUUCUUUAUAAUUAUACUGAGUACUUACCCAAUUCAUACAAAUGAUAUGUUAAAAACCCGAAUAUUGUGGGUAAUAUUAAAAAAAAAACUAUUUUUGUCUUGUUUCCGCUAGAUUGUUAAAAUUGUUACAUUUUAUAUAUAAAUCUAUGAUAUUCUUAGUUUCACGCAUCAAAAUGUCGACGCAUGAUAGUACAAAACUAAAGGUAAAACGUUUUUUUGGGAUUUAAUUAUACAUAUAGCUAGAUCUUUAUAUUGCUGAGAAAAUGCGAUGCUAAUGCAUAAAAAUAUUUAUUAUUUGUAAAACUAAUUUGAAAGUGAAUUUCGAAAACCGUUAGAUAUUUUUUGAUAAUUUGUUCAAUACCUACCUAUAUUUUUUAUUUAGGUAAGUAUAUUAUUUGAUCUCUUUAUUUUGACUAUCUUUAAUAAUAUUUUAAGCAGUAAGUAUCUAAAAAUAAAUGGAAUCUUAUUUCCUUAUAUUAGACGAGAAUAGAAAAAGCGGACCCUAACUAACUUUGCUAAAAGAAUGCCUGUUUUUACACGUAGUAGGUAGUUAUUGUUAAUCUUUGGUAAAACGUUUCAGCGAAUAUAGAUAUUUAACUACUGUUACUGGAGGUAAAUUAAGUUACCUAAAAUAAUAUUAAUAUUUUUCUAAUAAAAUAUAAAUGAUUAUCAGAAUAAAACAUUUAUGCGACAAGGUGAUGGUUUUCAUUAUUCUGAUAGAUAAAUUCAUUUUUUUCCAAUAUGUUUAGAUAAAUGAAAACUUAGUAGAUAAACAGCAUGUACAGAAAGAUUACAACAUAAUGUAACAAGUUUUACAUUAUGUUGUAAUCUUUAUUUUGGGUUUUCUCAGUUAUUGUUUUCUGUAAGUCAGUUGUUAUAAAAUUGUACAUUUUUAUUGUGUUUACAUGGCUAAUAUUCAUAUAAUUUUUGGUUCAAAGUCUCAGUGAAAAAUAUCA